UACGCCUCCAGUGGGGAGGAUGGAGAGUCGCCGAAGACACCGGCAUGGACUCGCCGUUUCGCAGGCGAAACACACGUUCCAAAACUGGAUACGAUGCAGGGAGGUUGACUGAAGAGAUUUACUCAUGUCAUCCAGAUAUAAGAUCGCGCCUUCCCCUAGAUUCAUCCGUUGAUUGUCCUCGAGCUAACAACCCUACUCGCACUUUGUGAUAUUCCCGCAAGACGAUAUUCGUUGUUGUAUCCACAUCUUUCUGGCUUCAGUACACCAAGCCCCAGAAUUUUACUUUCCUGCAGCUUUCUGAAGAGAAAAUAAAGGAACCAGGCACUAUGUCGGGUUUCAAGGAGGUUGAUUUCGGCAUGCCGUCGCCGAAGCAGCGUGUUCAUACACCUCCAGACUCCCCUGACAAGACAACGCGGCCAAAAGACUCGCCCUUAGACACCAAGAAGGACAGUUUGGGCGAGAACCGCGGGAGUAUUCGCCAUAGACGGUUGGGAAGCUGGGGUAACAUGGUUCCCAUCGAGACAUCGCCUGGCUCACAUAAUACGAUCGAAGUGCCGGCCCUGAGGUCUCCCGAUGCAGACACCUCACCAUACAUGCACAAUCUGUCGCUUUCUCCUUCGAUGCGGGAGCGGAGGGUGUCUCGCAACUCGUUCGGGGCUGCCCUGCCCAUCCCCAAGUCAAAGAGACAAUCUCGUCUCAGCAGCGUUACGUUUCCGGGGAUUCAGGAUGUGCUGAAGAGGCCUGGCAUGCCACCGAUCCAGCCAACGCGAGAAAUAUUGGCAUCCCAGGUGCAAGAUGUGUACGCUGAGAAGGUCAAGGCGGCCAAGAAUAUGGCCUUUGUCUUUGACAUUGACGGCGUGUUGGUGCAUGGCGACCGCCUGAUACCGGAAGGCAAGCGUGUCCUCGACAUGCUCAACGGCGACAACCAGCUCGGCAUCAGGAUCCCCCACAUUUUCCUGACCAACGGCUCUGGCAAGCCAGAGCUGGCUCGCACAGAGCAGCUGUCCAAAAUUCUCCAGAACCCCAUCAGCACCGAGCAGUUCAUACAAAGCCACACGCCUAUGCGCGCGCUUGCGGAGUAUUACAACACGGUUCUCGUCGUCGGCGGCGAAGGAACUCGGUGCCGCGAGGUUGCCGAGCAAUACGGCUUCAAGGACAUCAUCGUGCCCAACGACAUCGUCGCGUGGGACCCUUCAAUCGCUCCAUACAGGGUCUUUACCGAGGAAGAACGUGCAGCGGCGCGGCCCCGCGACUUUUCCAAGAUCAACAUUGACGCCAUCAUGGUCUUCUCCGACUCGCGUGACUACGCGACCGACAUGCAGAUCAUCGUGGAUCUGCUGCGGUCCGAGAACGGGCGGCUGGGCACCAUCGCCAAGGACCCGGUCUCGCAGCGCAUCCCCAUCUACUUCUCCCAGGGCGACAUGCUUUGCCCCACAGAGCACCCCAUCCCGCGCAUGAGCCAGGGCGCAUUCCGCAUCGGCCUCGAGGCCAUGUACAAGGCGCUGACGGGCGUCGAGCUGGAGCGCGUCGUCUACGGCAAGCCCGAGUUGGCGACGUACAAGUACGCCGACGAGGUCAUCGCCUCGUGGAUGGACAUAUUGCACGGCGAGGAACGUGUGCCCGAGAACGUCUACAUGAUCGGCGACAACCCGGCGUCCGACAUUAUUGGCGGCAACAUGUACGGAUGGAACACGUGCUUGGUCCGGACGGGAGUGUUCCAGGGUGGUGAGAACGACCCCGAGAAUCCGGCCAGUUUUGGCGUCUUUGCCAAUGUGUGGGAGGCGGUCACGGCGGCCUGUCGCAAGGAGCUGGGUGAUGACUUUGUGUUCAAGUGGGACGACAAGGGUGUCAACCCGGUCUUGCACGACAGCGCCGCCGCGUCGGCUAUUGAGGUUUGAGCAUGCAUCGUGGGUAUUGGCGUUUUGGGAUAUGUUGGUUAGAUGAGAUGGCUGUUUGGUUUUUCCGGUUUCGUUGGACUUGCUGGAUAAGGGGAUUAGACAACGUACAAAAACAAACCGCAGUAGAUUAAGUAUUACUAGCAUAUGUUGAUACCAGCCUGGGGCACUACAAUCGUUUGUCUCGUUGAUAGUCAGUUGUGGUAGAUAUCUGAAUAGAGGGA